AUGGAGAUGCCAAGUGUUCUAGUCCGACUAGCAUGUGGCGAAUGCUCGCUGUUGGUAAAUCCCCAAGGAACGCUUUUGAGCAAGACGUUUGUGAGUCCGAUCCUUUCUGUUCGGGCGUUGCUAGCUCUUGGCUACAAGGUGGAGUGGGAUUCUUCUCGUUGUAGAAUUUGGCAUCCUUCGCGGGGUGUAUUGGAUACGGAUGUUAGCACUGGUUGCCCGGAAAUCUCUGAGCAGAAGGCCUUGGAACUUAUCGGGGAAUAUGAGGCUUUGGUGCAGCGCGGGGAGAGUCGUUGUGCACGACUGCACUGUUUGAUGAAGGAUUUAGCUGGAUUGAGUAAUGCUGAGCUUGCUGAUGUGAUUGUUCGUCGGGAUGUGCACUCAGACGCAGCUGUAAAGAAGCUGGUUGAGAAAGUGUUUGGGGAUACGCCUAGUGAUUUGAGGGAGCAGGCGGUUGCAUCUGUGCAAGAUCCAGCUGGUGAGUCUUUCACAUGGAACAGAAGGAUGCGGAGGAAGUUUGAGCGUGCGAAAGGCCUAGUUGUUCAUCUGUUCUGUGGUGAGGGCAGAAAGGCUUUUGAUCGAGUGUCCGAGAAACACGGGCUAAUCCAUGUGCCGGUUGACACAGCCGAAGACCUGUUGGCGGAAGGUACCUAUCAGUAUUUGCUCAGGCAGGCUGCUAAAGGAAGAGUUCGUGCAGUGAUCGGAGCCCCUCCUGGCAGGACAUUUGCGCCGUGUCGGUACUCAGUAGGUGAGCAAGGCUCAGGUGUGAAGCCUCUUCGAGUAAGGGGGGAGAGUCUUGGUGAAUACGGUGUUGGGGAGUUGACAUGUCAAGAGCUGGCACAACGCAGGAUAGAUGAUGUGUUGAUGAUGAGGAUGAUGGUGCUGAUGCUGGUGGCGCAGGGUUCGAAUGAGGCUCUGAAGGAGCCGGCCCCACACUGCCUGGUGGAACAUCCUGAGGACCCUGAGGAUGGGGGUAUGGUAGGUGUUGCCCUGAGGGAGCAGACGAAACCUGAGCUCGGGUACGCGUCGUUCUGGGCCACACCAGAGUGGCAAGCGAUAUCAAAGGAGGUGCAGCUGUCACCUACCUCCUUUCAUCAAGGACCGUUGGGGCACCAGAAGGUAAGGCCAACCACCAUUUAUACAAACAUGUAUCCGGAUCCUUUGCUUGUGGACUGUUGGGAUGAUGGGUUCCAGUCUCGUCCGAAGGUCGGGGGUAAGGGGUUGUCUUGGUCUCAGUGGAGCCCAGGGCUUUGGAUUGCUGUGACUAACAUGUUGGCGAGAGCACUUGCGGAGCAGGUGCCGAAGGGACUCAGAGCGAUGGAUUCUGGUUUCAUAGAGCACCUUCGCAAUAAUCACACGCCAUUUCGCAGAGAUUGCAAGCAGUGCAUUCGCGGCGGGGCCAGACACAAGCAGCAUAGGAAAGUCCUUGCCCCACAGGGUUGGUGCAUGAGUAUAGAUACGGCCGGACCAUUUCCAAAGGGGCUAGAUGAGAAUACCACCGCUGCCAAAUACCUGAUUGUUGCAGUUCUGUCAGUUCCUAUUCUGUCGGUAAAAGGGGAAAGUGUGGAUGAACCGGCGGAUAGGGACCCACAGCUUGAUCUUCAAGAGUUUGCGGAAUCUCUAGAUGAUCGUGAAUGGUUUGUAGAAAGGGGUAUGGAACUGGAGGAACCACUCCCUGAGCCUACACAUCGUGAAAUUACUGAGUCGAAGGACUCCUGGGCUACAUGGGAGGCAGUAGUUCGGAAAAGUAGAAAGGAUUGGUUAGAAGAAGCCAAAACUCAGUUUCUUCCGAAAGUGGAGAUGAUAGACUUCGUAUACACUGAAGCUGUGGAUUCGAAGAAGCAACAAGUCGUUGCAGGUGCCAUUAGCCGUAUGUACGCACGAGCAAUAUCAGACGGGUUGAGCGUCCAACGUAUCCAUACGGACAGGGGAAAGGAGUACCGGAACUCCGCAUUGGAUGCCUUCUGUCAAAAGCUCGGAGUUCAUCAUACAUAUGCAAUGGCAGAGGAACACCAGACCAAUGGUCGCGCGGAGGGGGCUAUAUUGAAGAUCAAAAAUCGAACGAGGGCGAUCCUCGAAGGAUCAGGGCAAGAUGAUCUUUCAGAGUGGCCAUUGGCGGCGAAAUUGGCGUCGUAUCACUUGAGAUCUGAAGCUCGCAAGAAGUUGCGGAUGCCGUGUGAGCCGACAGUCGUGGCGGCGUGGAGUUUGGAGUUCGAGAACUACCACGGCUGUCACAAAAUGUCCCUCUUCGGAAACUUCGAGGGGGUGGGUGGUGAAAACGGCCGAGGGUCCUUGUAUGAAGCAGGCAGUUGGGAGCCAAAGGACGUGGCGUCCCUUGCAGUUGCCAUGUCGAAGCAC